AUGAACUCCCUGCUAAAACCACAAGUAACCGAAGAAGGCCACGCUCCGGAAAUCAUCUACAAUCGCGCCGUGAACGAUGAAGAGGAAGUGAAUCGCGAAUACACUAUACUCACAUGGAGUGACAGACUCUUAACCUCUGCAGGCGAUAAACACCCCGUGACAAAAAUACUCAACUGGGUUCCAAAGGGCCAAGACAUAUUGAGUGCCAAACCCAUCAUCUCUGUCAAGCAUCACACCACCAACAACAUUGUAGAAUUGAAUAACCUAUCAGACAAAUGUCUGCAGGUCAAAGUGGUGAACACGGUCGAGGAAAUGGGCUUCUUGUUCCAAAGGAAAGAAGUUAAACAUGUCUUCAACUUUGAGAUAAAGAGAGGCGAACAGAAGAUUCUCAAUGCCAGAAAAUCUGGCUCCAUGUACUCUAGGGACAACAAGACAAAAUCUCCAAUUCAUGAAGAAGAGCCAGAGAGGAAAGCUGUGGAUUCACAUAACUAUAAUGUGGACCCCUCAAAGGGAUUUUAG